UGAUGAUAAAUUAUCCAAUAAUUGGCGAUCGCAAAUGAGCUCAUUCACUUCGUAAUUUACUCGGGAUUUUUUUAUUAGUUAUACUAUUCAAUUCUUUACAUAGUUAAAAUUCAGAACAGGGCCAACGCCUAGUUUUUUUUUUUUGAUAAGCAUAACAUUCCGACAUAAUGGCAGCAAUCCGUAAGAAACUUGUCAUCGUCGGCGACGGUGCCUGCGGAAAAACUUGUCUAUUAAUUGUGUUUUCCAAAGAUCAAUUCCCAGAAGUAUAUGUUCCCACAGUGUUUGAGAACUAUGUAGCUGACAUUGAAGUGGAUGGUAAACAAGUAGAACUAGCACUGUGGGAUACAGCAGGCCAAGAAGAUUAUGAUAGACUUAGACCAUUGUCUUAUCCUGAUACGGAUGUUAUCCUUAUGUGUUUCUCCAUAGACUCACCUGAUUCACUAGAAAAUAUCCCAGAAAAGUGGACACCGGAGGUGAAACAUUUUUGUCCCAAUGUGCCGAUUAUAUUGGUUGGCAACAAAAAAGACUUGCGUAAUGAUGCCAAUACAAUUCGUGAGCUGAACAAGAUGAAACAAGAGCCAGUGAGACCCGAAGAGGGGCGAGCAAUGGCCGAGAAGAUCAAUGCAUUUGCGUAUUUGGAAUGUUCAGCUAAGAGCAAAGAAGGUGUUCGUGAAGUUUUUGAAACUUCAACUAGAGCAGCUUUGCAGGUCAAAAAGAAAAAAAAGGGACGAUGUCGCUUACUUUAAUUCAAUGAAAUCAAACAUAAACAAUAAAAAAAAAUUGCCAUGAU